AUGGGCCAACACUAUUGCAAAUACCACCAAUCAGACACUUACUGGAAGGAAGAUUGCUCAACCAUGAAGAAAAUAGUGGCUAGAUUGGCGAUAAGUGGUGAACUUGAGCGAAUGCUAGUUGAAUACAUCAAACUGAGAAUAGAAGAUGGCUGGGGGCAAGAGCCCAGGCAGAGCAGUAGUCCAAAAAUACAGAGACAAGAAAGAGAACAGAGACAUGACGCCCCCCACCAACCUCACAGCCAAAACCAAGCUCCCCUCGAAGAAAGUCGCACCGUAGCAGGAGGAUUUGCCAGCGGGGGUGUGACGACUUCUAGUAGAAAAGCUCACACCUGUAAAGCAAGGUACCACGAGGUAUACAUAGUGGAUAAACCCUCCAAACACACUCGAUUAGGUACCACGCCCACCAUCUCUUUUGGAGAUGAAGACUGUCAAGGGAUCCUCUACCCACAUGAUGAUGCCUUGAUAGUCACCUUGUUAAUUGCAAACUACACGACCAGACGGAUACUAAUCGACAACGGGAGCUCAGCUAACAUCUUAUUCUGUGAUGCUUUUGCCAAGAUAGACAUUAGCCCCGUCAGGCUAUGCCCCUCGCCAACUCCCCUAAAGGGAUUCUCUGGCGAGGUUGUACAACCAAUGGCCGCUAUCACAUUACCAGUCACAGUCGACCAGGAUUCACAUAUGGAAACAAUAAUGACGGACUUCUUGGUAUUCAUAGCCUCAUCAUCCUACAACGCCAUAUUGGGAUGCCCCACUUUGAAUAAUCAGAAGGUUGUGACUUCUACCUACCACUUAAAAAUGAAGUUCCCAAUGGAGACAGGCGUUGAUGAGGUUCAGGGAGAACAAAUUUUGCUGUGA